AUGAAAUAUCAAUUAGCAAAUGCUGCCAGAGCGGUAACAGAAACAAUCAAUGAUGUUAUCAGUGCAUGUUUAGCGCCGAAAUCUGCAAAUAGUACCGAACAUACUGAAUGUGAUAAUGCCAUUGCCAAGAUGGAAACAUCGAAGGCUAUAUUACAACAAGCUAUCUUACAGCCAUGUGCCAACUAUACGUACUUUGAUGCACUGGAUCAUGUGGUGGAAAACUCGAAGCGUUUAGGAGAAGCGAUGACACAUAUUGCUAGUGCUUCGAAGAAUAUCAAUCAUGGUCUGUUUGUUCAAGCUGUUCAAGAAGCAUCGAAAGCAGUUUGUCAUUUAACGGAAGCAUCAGCUCAAGCAAGUUAUCUGAUCGGUAUAUCAGAACUGACAUCAACGAAAGGAAGUACACCUGUACUCGAUCAAGUGUUAUUCAGUCGAGCAGUUGAAGCCAUCCGACAUGCAUGUGCAGAUCUAGCAAAUUCAUCAAUCAACCGAGACGAUAUUUUAACCUUGGCAGCAACAGUUGCUAAGAACACAUCAUCUCUAUGUAAUAUCUGUCGCGAUGCAUCGUCGAAUACAGCUGAUCCAGUCGCUCGACGACGUUUCGUACAAUCUGCUAAGGAUGUUGCCAAUGCGACUGCCGAACUUGUCCGUGCUAUCAAAAUUUUAGAUAGUUCAUAUACACCAGAAAAUCAUCGAUAUUGUAUGGAAAUAAGUCGACCAUUACUUCAAUCUAUCGAUGAACUUCAUACGUUCGCCAUGUCUAAAGAUUUCGCAGGUGCUCCACUGACAAUCAACGCUGCUGGACGUCAAUCACAAGAACCAAUCUUAUCGGCUGCUAGAAAUGUUGUUGAUGGCGCAUGUCGUAUUGUUGAAUGUUCAAAAACCUUAAUCGUCAACUCCAAAGAAGCUUCAUUAUGGCAACAACUUGCUACACAUACAAAGACUGUUUCGGAGGCAAUCAAACGUUUAGCCACAUCUGUCAAAGAAUUGACACCUGGACAACAGCAAUGCGAACGAGCAGUUGAAGAACUUCGAAGACUUUUUCAAGAAAUUGAUAAAGCAAUGAUGAAUGUUGAUUCGAUACGUAAGACGGAUAAAUCACCUCAGUUCCAUCACGAACAAAUCUCGUCGAGUUCUCAUUUUCUUGUUGAGCUAAUCAACAAUAUUUGUCAAUCAUCGAAACGUGAACCAGAGCGUAUCGGCACAUAUGUAUCGCAAUUUAUCACGUAUUUACAACCAUUCAUCCAUCAUACGAUCAAUUAUACAUCCUAUGUGAUCCACAAACACGAGAAACUCCUACUAUUGGAGCAAAUUAAGGAGCUAGUAGAAACAAGCCUACAGAUGAUCCUGAGUACCAAAGAAGCAGGUGGAAAUCCGAAGAACACUCAAUGGCAUAAAAUUGUCGAUACGAAUAGUGAUGCUCUGGUAAAAUUAAUCAGAAAAUUAGUUCAAACAUUACCAGAACAAUCCUCAGCUAAUGGAUUAAUGAAUGGUUUGUGUGAAAAUAUUCGUCAAUUGAUAUCCACGUUAGAGACAACGAAAAUAACCAACCAAGGUCAAUACAUUGAUUGUCAAGCUCGUAUGAUCGAAGUUCUCAGACAAUUAGCUCGAUCGAUGAAAACAAUCAAUGACUCGAUCGAUAUUCGACAUUUAGCGAAUCAAUUAACACGUGAAUAUAAUGAACUAGUCCAUGCGACGUACGGCGCAGUUGGAACUGCGAAUACAAAUGAGUUAUCAAUACGUAUUAAGAAAGUUGUACAAGAUUUAGGCUUUGUUUUGAUUGAAUUAAUUGAAAAAUUGGCACAAAACAAAUCGAAAUACGAAUUCGACAGUGUUUGUCAGAAAGUAGUGGAGAAGAUUUCGAACGUUUUAAUAGCAUUACAAUGUAACUUACGUGGAACACAAGCUUGUAUCAAUGCUGCAAGCACUGUUCGUGGAAUCAUUACUGAUCUCGAUACAACCAUUCUGUUCGCUACAGCCGGUUCACUGAAUUCCGAACAUGUGGACGAAACGUUUGCUGACCAUCGUGAAGCUAUUUUGAAAACAGCCAAAAUACUUGUAGAAGAUACGAAAACAUUAGUUGCAGGUGCUGCAUCAACACAGGAACAAUUAGCAUCAGCGGCUCAGGCAGCUGUGCGCACGAUAACUAAACUUUCCGAAGUGGUCAAAACAGGUGCUGCAUCUUUGGGUGCGAAUGAUGGUGAAGCACAAAUUAUGCUUGUCAAUAGUGUGAAAGAUGUGGCUGUCGCUUUGAACAAUCUUAUCAACGUAACGAAAUCAGCAAGUGGAAAAAAUAUUGAUGAUCCCGAAAUGCAAAAAUUGAAAGAAUGUGCGAAAAUUAUGGUCACGAAUGUUACAUCUUUAUUACGUACAGUAAAAACUGUGGAAGAUAAAACACAACGCGGAACGAAUGCACUAGAAAGCACUAUUCAAUCAAUUGCACAAGAACUUCAAACAUAUAGUAAUGGACAACGAACGGGAAACUAUACCACACCCGAAGAGUUGGUUCGUGCGACCAAACAAUUUACAAUAGCAACGUCAAAAGCGGUAUCAGCUGGCCAAUCAUGCCAACAGGAGGAUAUCAUCGUUGCUGCUAAUCUCGGUCGUAAAUCAAUAUCUGACCUUUUAGCUGUUUGCAAAUCCAUUGCAUAUGCAACUGAUGAUCGAAAUCUACAGCAGCGCACAAUGGAUAACGGACGAGCGUGUGUACAAACAUACAAGGAAUUGUUAGAAGCGAUUCAUGCGUUAAUUCAAAAACCAUCGAAUGAAAUCAAACAAAAGUUACUUCAGUAUUCACGACUUAUAGCACAGUCAACACAUGAACUUGUUCAGUGUGCUGCGCAGUUGAAAGGUACGGAUUUUAUUGAUCCAGAUGAUCCAACUUACAUUGCAGAAAAUGAACUAUUCAAUGCUGCUCAAUCAAUUGAAUCCGCUGCAAUGAAACUGUCACAUUUGAAGCCUCGUCGAAAAAUCAAAGAAAUCAAUGAAAAUUUAAAUUUCGAUGAACAAAUCCUGGAUGCAGCCAAAUCAAUAAUGAACGCAGCAAGUGCAUUGAUAACAGCAGCAACAUCAGCUCAAAAAGAUCUUGUUGCACAGGGCAAACUUUCAUCUAAAUCAAGUUCCGACGAAGAUGGCCAAUGGUCUCAAGGAUUAAUAUCAGCUGCACGUUAUGUCGCGUCAGCCUGUCAUGUUUUAUGCGAUGCAGCAAAUGGACUUGUGCAAGGCUGUGGUACCGAGGAGAAACUGAUUUCUAGUGCAAAACAAGUCAGUUCAAAUACUGCUGCGUUACUUGUCGCUUGUAAGGUCAAAGCUGACUUUAUGAGUCAAUCCAUGGCACGUUUACAAGCUGCUGGCAAUGCGGUUAAGCGUGCAGCAGAUACACUUGUUCGAGCUGCUCAACAAGCUGUUGAUAUGCAACAAGAAGAGAAGCAUUUUGAAGUUUCGACACGUUUUGUUCCGGGUAUUGCGCAAGAAAUCAAAUGUAAAGAAGCAAUCUUAACCAAAGAACGAGAAUUAGAUGAAGCACGUAAUCGUCUUAAAGCUAUACGUUUAGCCAAAUAUGGACAUAGUGAACAAGAAUCAGCCGAUAGUAGCUAA